CAAAUUUUAGGAACAAAUCCAUGAUUUAAGAAUCCUCAAUUCAGAAUUCGUCCCAAUCUGGGACGAAUCCUCAAUUUGUCGCCAAAAACCCCUAAAAUCGUUCCAGAUCUCCGUUCCUUUCCUUUGCCACUCGUGUUUUCUUCUCUCGGCGGUGGCUGCAGCGAUCUUCGGCGGCGGUGACUGCGAUCUCCAGCGGCGUUGGCAGUGUGUCUUGGUAAGUCCCUCUCUUCUCCCCUCUCUCCCCUCUCCCCUCUCCCCUCUCCUAUCUCCCCUCUCCCUGGUUGCCGUCUGUGGCCGCGGCUGGCCCCGGCCGAGUGGCCGGGCGUCGCUGCAGCUGGCUCCGGUGGCCCUGUGGAGCAUGCCCCCGGUGGCCGUGUGGAGCAUGCCCCCGGUGGCCGUGUGACCGUUCGCUUCUCGUCGCAUAGUGCGAUCCGUGAGUUCCUUCCUCAGUCCCUCGUGUUGGAAUCGGCAGCAACUUGGGCGGAGAAGGGAGGAUGUCUUCUCCUAAGCUAUCGGUCGGUGUAGGGUUGUCAGGCGGAUGUGGUUGCCUACCAGUCACCAAGGGCUUCUUCGGCAACAGAAAGUUGGCAAUCCUAAUCAGAUUCUCAAAAAGGGAGAAUGGAGUUCAAGUGGAUUUGCACACUCGGGUUGCAGUAAUUCUAAAUCAAGACGCAAUCACUGAGAUGGGCUAUGGGCAUAGUUUCUGCAAUGAUUAUUCUAAGACUCAUAAAGAUGAGAAGAGGGAAGAGUUGUUCGAAAAUCUAAAACGUUGUGAUUCUAUUGGAUGGGAAGUUGAUGUUAUAGAUCCAUGGGAGCUAUCAGCUAAGAUGUUAAAGAGGAAAAGAAGAUUUGAUGGGGGAGAAAGUUUGUGGAAAAUAAAUAUGAGUUGAUGUAUGUAUAGUUUAUUUUGAAAAAACUUGUAUAACUUUUAGGAGUGUUGGACUUGUAACUUCUUGGAGUCUUGAAGAAUUGAUUUGUGGAACUUUGGAUUUGUAUUAUUGUAAAAUUGAUUUUAAAUAUUAAUAGAUUUAUAUAUUUGUUAAA